UCUCUUGCUUGCCAUGUUAAACAAUUUUGAGGCCACAACGCUAGAUCUUCAUCAAGAACAAGAUCCAAGAUCGAAAUUGAGUCUACUGCUGCAGCACAAGAGGUUUCUGCUCGUCUUGGACAAUGUUUGGAGUAAACAAGAUUGGGAAUUCUUUGUAUGUUCUUUACCAAAAGGUUUGUGUGGGAGUAAGAUAAUCAUUAUUACUCGUAACUCUGACGUGGCUUCGUUUCCUGUAAAGUCCUCGGAGUAUAUCCAUGAUUUGAGUACUGGGUUGUCAUUCAAAGAAGCCCAUGACCUAUUCUGUAAGAAGGCUUUUCAAGAUGGGAUUUGUCCCCCCGAGCUCGAGGAGUGCAGUAGAAAAAUCCUGAACAAGUGUGAAGGCUCACCCUUUGCAAUUUCAACUGUCGGUACUGUGCUAGCAACAAAGCCACAAACGAAAAAUGAGUGGGAGGAGUUACAUGACACCCUCACAUCAAACUUUACAGCUGACCCAAAGCUUUUGGUCCUUAGCCGUAUUUUUCAGCCUUGUUACAGAGAUCUUCAAAGCCAUCUCAAAAGUUGCUUCUUGUACCUCGGCAUAUUUCCUGAAGACUACUACAUCCGGCGAGGGAGGCUUUUUCGUUUGUGGGUUGCUGAAGGAUUUGUGGAGCCGACAGCAGGACUAACAGUAGAGGAGGUUGCAGAACAAUAUCUGAACGAGCUCAUUGACAGCAAUUUGGUCCAAGCCAGCUCCUGGGGAAUUGAUGGACGAGUGAAGAGUUGUCGUAUUUCUAACAUUGUUCGUGCGUUCAUCAUGUCACAGAAGUUUGUCACUGAUUCCGAAACAAUCUGGUGCAGACAAACAGAAGUUGACAAAGUUCGACGCCUCUCUGCUCCUAAUCUGAUUAUCAAAUAUCUGUCAAACUCUGGAAUUGACUUGAAUGGUAUUCGUACAUUACAGAGUUACAAGAAGGGAAGUUCUGGACUUGACUUGAAUGUUAUUCGUACCUUACAAGGUCACAAGAAGGAAAAUUCUGAUUCUCAGUUUGCCAUGGUACUUAAAACCACUAGAUUUUUAAGGGUAUUAGAUUUGCAAGGUGUACCUUUGGAAAAAUUUCCUUCUAGUGUUGUUGGCCUCACCCUCUUAAAGUAUCUAAGUCUAAGGAAAUCCCAGAUCAAAACAGUUCCCCAGUCCAUAGAAAAGUUGUUAUUCUUAGAAACCUUGGAUCUUAAAUACACCCGGGUGACCCAUUUGCCAGAAGAGAUUUGUAAACUUGUAAGGUUGCGCCAUCUAUUAGUAUGCAAUAAUCCCGGUAGUGGAGGAGUGACUCUUUCUGCAGGCAAUCUUGGAGCCCUAUCUUCCAUACAAAAUUUGUCAUUAGUUAAGGUGGAAAACGACAGAAGAAUCCUAAAAGCCUUGGGAAAGCUAAUAGGUCUCAGAAAGUUGGGGCUGACAGAUGUGAGAAAAGAAGAUGGAGUAGAAUUGUGUUGUUCUCUUCAGAAAAUGGAGAAUCUUUCAUCAUUUGAUGUAGCAUCAACAAGCAAGGAUGAGUAUCUUGAUUUGGAUCACAUGCAAUCUCCUCUAGUGGCUCCUCUCUAUCUUGAACGUUUAUUUUUGAUAGGAAGGCUAGAAAGGGUACCUAAGUGGAUUCCUGAGCUUACGAGUCUAACAAAGAUUCUUUUAAAGUGGUCAAGAGUGAAACCUCAUGUCAACUCACUUGAGGCCCUCGAAUCUUUGCCAAAUCUGAUGGAGCUCACUUUGGUUCAGUUUUACACAGGGAAGAAGUUGGUAUUCAAAGCUCAAACGUUCAAGAAACUAAUGAUAUUAAGAAUAGAAGAAUUCGAUGAGCUAAAUUUGAUGAAAGUUGAGAGUCAGGCAAUGCCUAUGCUUAAGAAGCUAAUCAUAUCUAGAUGUCAGGGUUUGGACUCACUUCCAUGGGGCAUUACUGGUCUUAUCCAGCUUGAAGAAUUGAUUGAAUCUGAUAUGCCUGAUAAAUUCAUCGCUAAUCUUCAAAAGCAUAGUGCAGCCCUUGAGAUGAUGCAGAUUCGAGUCAUCCAUUCUUCCAAAACAGGGAGCAACCAAUCUUCGACUAGAUUUCAAGAUUUCUCUCCCUCCAAUUGGCAUUUGGAAUCGUAAUUUGUAUUGAUUCUAGAUUUAGGCACAAGCUGUAUCCUGCGGAGGAGCAGUGAGUGAAGUUCAUGAAGAUGAGGCCGUAGAGUGACUACAGAAGUCGAAGCAGGAAUCCAUGACCAGAACAUCAAGAACUGCUGAUAGUUUGUAAAAUUGCGGCAAACUGAUCUCUAUG